CAUUAAAUAGGGCAGACAAGGGAACCCUCUGUCCCCCAGCAAGAAGCCAUUGUAGAGUCCUGUAAUGAUUGAAAUGUGUAAAACCAUAUAGUACAAUAUGUCAUGAUCUGGUUUCUUGUCUCUUGUUUCUCAUGUCAUUUCCUGUUUUAUUUUGGAAGGACUUUCUGUUUUCUCCUCAGCUACAGUAUUUUCUGUUAUCCCGGUUCACCACACACACCUGUCACUAAUCAGUAAUCACACCCAGGAUUUAAGCACCACCUCAGCCAGCAGUCAGACGCCAGAUUGUCGAGUCAUUGUACCACCAUCCAGCGUUGUAGUCGAUUGUCUCAUGUUGUUGAUCCUGCCUGCUUCUGACCGCCGAUUCCUGCCUGACCCGUUUCUGUACCUUCGCUUGGAUAUUGACCUUUGCAUGACCGUCUGACCAGUGAGUUUGUCUAGCCCUUACCUGUACCGUCGCUGAGUUUCUCCGCGUAUCGAACCAUUGUCUGCCUCCUGGACCUGAUCUCGUCUGUUCCUUUCCUGUACCUAAUACUGAGCCAUCCUGUGUAUGACCUGGACUGAUUGACAACGUUUGUGCAAUAAACCCUGCUCAAAUUCACCCGUUUCGAGAGUGCGCUGUGCAUUUGGGUCCUCAGCCGUGUGUUCUUGACUGAACAAUCUGGCCAGACUUGGACCCAGCCAGCGCCCAGCCCGCACCCAGGUCUGAUGCUAUUUUGCUUUCUCCCUUUUUUUUCGCUGUUUGCUCGCCUCCGGGUAUAACCACGCCCCGGAGCGAUGGAGUUUUUUUCCUCAAGCUUACCAGAGGAUAUCCACGGUGAUUUCCAGAGACUAGCAAAGGAAUAUGCGGAAGCGGGCAGUCCCAAGGUCUGGCUCGGCGUUGUAAAUAUGGCCAUUGAAAUUCUGGAGGACGAGUUUUGGUGGCGUGAGUACCCCGGAGUGCAGGCACUCUUUGACAGGCUCCAGCUGAUGCGGAGGGAUUUGGCACGCACGCUGCGUGCACCGUCUGCCCGUGUCUCCGCAGCUUUUCCUGUCGCCGCUCCGGCGGUUCACGUCUCCGUUCCUGCCGCUAAUCCAGCGGAUCAUGUUCACGUUCCUGUCGCCGCUCUGGCGGUUCACGUCUCCGUUCCUGCCGCCAAUCCAGCGGGUCAUGUUCACGUUCCUGUCGCCGCUCCAAGCGCCGCCGCCUCUGUUCGCAACUCGGACCCAGCUGCAGAGACCCAGCCCCCGCCGCUCUCAGCGCCUCAGACGACGGUCAGCCGCAGGCGCCCCAGACGGCGUCGGCGAGGGCACGGUUCCGGGAUCCAGGGCCCAGAGACCUCGGUCGCAGUGGCCGAGCAGCUCUCCUCCCCGGCAAAGCAUUCCCUCGGUUCCCCUACUGACUGUGUCAUGUCGAUUGCAGGCAUCCCAGAUAGCGUUGCACAGCGGAUCCACCUCCUCUGUUCUCCCCCGGUUGCGUUCCUCUUUGCCCACCUGAUGGACACUGCUGAUUCGACAGCAGACCAGGGCACGAAGGAACAACUGUUCGAGGAGGCAGCUGCCCUCAUCCUGAGGGAACCUGCCCUGCGUGAGGCCCUGCAACCCCAGGCCUGCAGCCAGCAGCCACACCAACUCCUGCGUCUCAGCCAGGAGCCGUUCGGGGAGGUGCCAGAGGUUCCUGCGGCACAUCGGGCCCCGGUGGUCUGGCCCCGGCCACGCUCAUCUCAGCUCCUGGUGGCCCGGUCCCGGCCACGUUCGUCUCGGUUCCUGGCGGCUCGGCUCCGGGCGCAUCUGCAUCAGUUCCUGGCGGCUCGGCUCCGGCCACAUCUGCAUCGGUUCCUGGUGGUCCGGCGCCGACCACGUCUCCACGUCUGCCCUCGUCUCUGGUCCCUGCUUCGUCUCUGGUUCCGGCCUCGCCUCCACGUCUGUCCUCGCCUCCGGUUCGUCUGCCGUACUGGUGGUCUCGCCCCCGUCACCUCCUGCCGGUUGGGUGGCGCGGCCUCUGCCGUCGUCGUCCGCCGCGACUCUGGGGUCCUCGGAUCACCUCCGUCGGGAGGAGGCUGGACUUGGCCCCGCCCUCCCGGACUCUGCUAGCCUGGCUCUUGGGCAUGGGUAGUGCCGUCUCGGCCUGGGGGCCGUGCAACCAACCCUCUCCUCGCCACCAUCCCCCGUGAGAGGACAGUUUGGACUCUGCCUUUCAUGGACUGGUGGACUUUCUGUUUCGGUUUGUGGACUCUUGUUUCGACCCUCCUCCGGUCUUCCCUCCACCCUGCUUGUCUGCCUUGAUGGGACCUCCUGAGACCGCCCUCCGCCCGCCUGGUUUGGGGGGGGG